CUGAAGCACGUGUUCAUGAUGUUGAGUUAUUUGAUUGUUUGUUUCUUAAAUAUGCAGGUAUUAGUCGAACCUCGUCAGGGUAAAAGACAGGUGCUGUUGUUAUCAUUUGAUGGAUUUCGUUGGGACUAUGCUGGAAAAUAUCACACACCCAAUUUAGACUGGAUUGCAAGGACGGGAGUACAAGCUAGAAGGGGUAUCCGUACAGCUUUCGUAACAAAAACUUUCCCCGACCAUUACACUAUUGCUACAGGUCUUUACGAAGAAAAUCACGGAAUUGUAAAUAAUAAAAUGUAUGAUCCAGUUUACGAUGAAAUUUUUACUAAAAGAAAUAAGGAUCCAAAAUGGUGGGAUGGAGGCGAACCAUUGUGGAUAACAGCUAAAUUACAGGGACUUAGAACUGGAACUUAUUUUUGGCCUGGGUCAGAAGUGAAUUUCAGAGGUAUAAUGCCAGAUGCGUACUUAACAUAUAACGAGAAAAUUUCUUUUAGAGACAGAAUAGACACCGCUAUUAAAUGGUUGGUAGAAGAUAAAUUAGAUUUAGUUGUUGCAUAUUUCCACGAACCUGAUAAAGCAGGGCAUAAAUAUGGUGCAUUUAGCUUUGGUGUUGAAGAAGCUGUGAGAGAAGUAGAUGACACUUUGGGUUAUUUGAUUGAUCGAUUAAAAGAAUAUGAUGUUCUCGACAACAUCGAUAUCAUAAUCGUCAGUGAUCAUGGAAUGACAAAUGUCACUUGGGAUAAAGAACAUUUGAUUAAUUUGAAUAAUUAUCUGAACAUUAGUUCUGAUGUAAAAUAUAUUCCUCAAAUCGGAGCAGUAGGUGGUAUUUGGCCUAACAACGGAAAGGAAGAUGAAGUUUAUAAUAAGCUCAAGAAUAGUCACCCUCACAUGACAGUUUACAAAAAAGAAGAACUUCCAGAACGUUAUCAUUACAAACACAAUCGAAGAAUAUGCCCCAUUUUAGCUAUUGCAGAUGAAGGAUAUUAUAUUACAUAUAAUUCAACAGAUCAAUAUGAGAAACUGAAAAAUGUUACUGGACAACACGGUUAUGAUAAUGAUUUGCCAUCGAUGCAUCCAAUUUUCUAUGCUAGAGGACCAGAUUUUAAAAUGAAUUAUACCAGAGACGAAUUCGAUACAGUUAAUAUUUAUCCUUUGAUUUGUCAUCUUCUCGGCAUCAAGCCUUCUCCUAACAAUGGCAGCCUGAGCAACAUAAAAGACAUUUUGACUAAUGAAUCAAAUAACGAAAUAGAAAGAAACAAUUCUGUUCUUAAUUCUGUCUUUUCUACAAUGUUCAUGUUAGUAACACUCGUCAUGAUUUUAUUUAGUGUAUAAUUAUUUGUUUUAUAUGCGAAUAAAUCGUUUAAAUUUUU